ACUUUUAAGGCAGAAGGAUGAUAUAAAACCAAGCUCUGUGCACCAACAAGGCACCUUCUCUUGUGUUAGGAGCACAGAGAGCUUUUCCACCAUGAGCUUCACUGGAAAAUACGAGCUUCAGCACCAGGAAAACUUUGAGCCCUUUAUGAGAGCCCUUGGGCUCCCUGAGGACCAGAUCCAGAAGGGCAAGGACCUCAAGAGCAUCUCAGAAAUUGUGCAGGAUGGGAAAAAGUUCACGGUUACUGUGACCACUGGCUCCAAAGUGAUGAAAAACCAGUUCACCAUUGGGGAGGAGAGUGAGAUAGAGCUGAUGACUGGAGAGAAAGUGAAGGCUGUUGUGCAGAUGGAGGGUAACAACAAACUGGUCACACAGGUGAAAGGGAUGAAAUCCGUCACGGAGCUCAACGGAGACACCAUCACCUACACAAUGACCAUGGGUGACCUCACCUUGAAGAGAGUCAGCAAGAGAAUCUAGAAACAUUACACACAGUUUACAGUGUACAAUGUGGCCAUUAAAAUAAAAAUUGUAUUGAAUCCUC